AUGCAACAACAGUCACCACCGGAGAAGCGUCGUCUCGGAGAAUCCCAACUCAAUAUUCCGGCCACCGAUCAAUUCCUCCGAUGUGCUAACUUCAUUCUCCCAUGGCUAAACCCUCAAGAACUCGCCGUCGUCUCUCGAACCUGUAAAACCUUAUCCCUAAUUUCGAAAUCCAUCACUCUCCGGCGAUCUCUCGACGCUGCACGAUCCCUCGAAAACCUCCCAAUCCCGUUUCUCAACUCCGUCGAUUCCCAACGAUACGCGUAUUUCGUCUACACACCUUUUCAGAUCCCAGCUUCCUCUCCUCCCCCGCGGCAAUGCUGGGAAGGAUCUGCUACUGAUGAAUGUGGAUCCAACGGAGCUGACGAGAAUCCGCUGAGUAGAAUUAGGUCAAUUUCUCUUCCCGGAGAUGACGAUGGUUCGAAAUCCGUGCCCGUGUCGUCAAGACCUUAUCUUGAGUCAGUGAGUGAGCGAGGACGAUUUGGGGUGAGUCUAGUGGACGAGUAUGGAUGUGAGUGCGAGAGGUGCGAGGAAGGUUAUUGCCAGUGCUUAGUACUCGAGGGCAUGGAGGAGAUAGCUAACGAAUGUGGGUCGGGUUGUGGUUGCGGGUCGGAUUGUCCGAAUCGGGUGACACAAAAGGGGAUUUCAGUUCGUUUGAAGAUCGUUAGAGAUGAGAAGAAAGGUUGGUGCUUGUAUGCUGAUCAGUUCAUCAAGAAAGGCCAAUUCGUCUGUGAAUACGCAGGUGAGCUAUUGACAACAGAUGAAUCACGUAGACGUCAAAAUAUCUACGACAAACUCAGAUCAACACAAUCCUUCAGUUCAGCUCUUCUGGUCAUACGCGAACACCUCCCUUCGGGACAAGCUUGUUUAAGGAUAAACAUCGACGCUACAAGAAUCGGGAACGUUGCUAGAUUCAUAAACCAUUCUUGUGACGGAGGAAAUCUCUCCACUGUUCUGUUGAGAAGCUCAGGAGCGUUGCUUCCUCGUCUCUGUUUCUUUGCAGCAAGGGACAUAGUUGCAGAGGAGGAGUUAAGUUUCAGUUAUGGAGAUGUCCAUAUCACUGACAAGAAGAACGGAGACAACAAGAAGCUAAAUUGCUCUUGUGGUAGUUCUUGUUGUAUUGGAACGUUGCCUUGUGAGAACACCUGA